UUUUCUGUUGUAACAAAAUUUCGACUUAGAAAACUAGAUUUGAUAAUUAAAUCAAAGUAAAUCAUAAUGGACCGAAAACAUCAAUGCCCGACAUGCGACCAGACGUUUCUUAGUGAACACGAAUUGAAAAGACACAUGCAAACUCAUAAGGGCGAAAGACCGUUUCAAUGCAAUUUGUGAGAAAAAAGCUUUUCGUGGAAGAGUCAUUUGAGACAUCAUAUGAAAGUGCACUCCGAUGAAAGACCAUUUAAGUGCAAUUACACUAACUGUGAACGUAGCUUUAAACGAAAAGGCGGCUUGGAUCAACACAUGUACAGAAUGCAUCCUGAUGAGAUUUUAUCUAAAAUUUCACCAAACGACCCGAAGAUAAUAAGCCGUAAAUGUAAUUUUUGCCUAAAACUUUGUGCAUCACCAACUGAGUUAAGACGUCACUUGAGAAUUCAUACCAAAGAACAACCAUUUUCGUGUAAUUUUUGCAACGACACUUUCACUUUCAAAAGUAGUUUAAACAAACACAUCAGAAAGAUCCAUCCGAAAGAAAAUACUCCAUCUUGCUGCGAAAUAAGUACACAAGUCGAUCAACGAGAGCAGAUUGAAUCGUUUGAAAAACCAUCAACUAGUUUUCAAAAACCACAGUCAAUAGAAUUUGAAAAAAUUACAUCAGAUCAGAAUCUUUUUACUUUAAAAGACUGUGAAGAAUUCCUUGAAACUAUUAACGUCAAUUUAGGAAUUAUCCAACAGGAAGGUUCUUCACAACAGACAUUCUUCCCAGAAGUGGACGUUGAUGAAAUUAAAUUGGAAUGUCCGUUCUGUCGUGAACAAUUUUUCGAUAACGUUUCGUUUAAAGAACACAAAAGAAAAUUUCAUCUGUCUGACUAAUUAAUUGUGGACAACUAAUUUUCAAAAUAUAAUAAAAUCAUAAGACAAAAGGAAGAAAAAAAAAAAAAAAGAACUUACAAUGACACAAUGUUUGUCAUAUUUGAAUAAGCAGUGAAAGUUACUAAAGUUGUAUAUUUUAUUUCAAAAAAAAUUCUGGUGUUUUCCUACAUAUAAUUUUAAUACU